CAUACUGUCGUAUUUAGAUCAGAAGAAUUAUUCAAACUGAAACGAGUCAUGUUUGAAGGACUUAAAAGAACAUGGCUAUUAUUGGACACCAUAGUAAAUCAAUGAGCGUAUCGAUCGGCAGCAUCAUCCAGCGUAUUUAUAUACACACUUGUAACAUACUAGAGUGUGGUAAAAUUACGUUUGUUUGGAUUUAACAAUGCAGUUUUACGUCACUUAUCUCAAGAAAGGUACAAGUUCAAAAUAUAUAAUGGCUGACUGGCUCCCCAGUAAGAUUACAGUGUAAGCAGGAAGUAACACAGUCAUCCUUGUAAUCACAAGACAGGAUAUAGGCUCACAAGACAGGAUAUGAGGUGGCAAAGGAUGGACAUGAAUUUUACAAGAUUAAGAGGCAUAGUGAUUCGGUGUUGUGUAAUCUUCACCAUCACUUGUGUUGCAUGGUAUAUGUAUAUGUCACAGCCCGACAUGUCACUGGAAAUUAUACAGAAAGCUUGUUCUGUAGGACAUAUAGGGUCAAAGGUAACAGACCAAAUACCUGGCAACGAUGAUAAAUCAGAUGAUAUGAAACAAGUUGUGGCUGUAGCAAAGGCUGCAAGUAAACAUAAUGGUGCAGUUCUCGUUAGUGUAGUGAACGAUGCAUUUCUACCAUUUGCUUACAGCUGGCUGUGCAAUACUAAACAUAUGAAUAUUCAUAAAUCAGUUCUUGUUAUAACUACAGACUCUCUCUCUAAACGAAGACUGAACCAAGAUUGUCCUGACUUAAACGUUGUUAAACUUAAUUUGAACAUUCCACGAGGUAACCAGGAAUACAGUAAGGCCGGAUAUGUUCAAAUUAUGAUACGAAGAACGGAACUGCUGUUAGAAUUAUUACAGGCCGACAUAGAAAUUCUAUUGUUAGAAUUUGACUAUAUGUGGUUUGACAAUCCAUUACCUGGCUUGCAAAAUAUGAAAGGUGUUGACUUUCUAAUAAACCCAGUGACUAGCACUGAAGUGGUGUAUAAUGGUGGAUUUUUAUACAUGUUUCCAACGGUGCGGUCAAAAGCUCUAUGGAAAAAGCUAACAGAUAUGAUGCAUGAUUUGGAAAAACAGAUCGCCAAGAAAUCGGAAACUUUUGAAGUGUCAGCAGAUGAAAAUGACCAAGUGUAUUUUACAACUUUGAUAAAGGAAAGGUUUGCCAAUGUGAGAACGCGGGAACUGCCACUACAUACAUAUGCGGAUGGACAAUGGUACGAGCUCACUGAGAAGGAAAGAAAAAGUCAAAAUACAAUAGUCAUCAGUAAUAAUUUUGUUCUAGGUAACUUAAAUAAAAUGAAGCGUGCACAGAAGUGGAAUCACUGGUUUUUACACAAUGACUGCACAUGUAAUGCUGACCUUGUUUUAAAGAUGGUCCAUAAAUAACAUAAAGGCAAAAUUAUAGGCGUUUUUUUAAUUUGAUAAUAUUAACUAUAAAAAAAAAAACUAAUAUGAAGUGAAACAGGUUGACUAAUCUAUUGUGAUGGGUAGUGCACCGUGAAGCUAAAACGGUAAAAGUUAGUUUGUACCUACAGAUUAGCUGGGAAAAACCCACGUUGCCGAGUUCCGGAAAAAUGUCUAUUAUUUAAUGUGACACAUGGAAAAGUCCUUCCAGUAAUGAACUAACAAUUUCAAGGAUAUUUAGGAACAGGCACAUGGUAGUGAAAGGAAGUUCAAAUUUUUAUACAGGUGGUCGGAAAAUAGCUGUAUAAAGACAUAAAAGGUGUUCAAAACUCUUGCCAAAUCAUAAAUAUUCCAGAUAUUUUGUUCAUAUUAAUUGUGGGGGUGGGGAAUUGAAACCGUCUAUUGUACGAGUGAGACUAAAAAAAGGAUUGGAGCACCACACUAAAUACCGUAUUCCAGUAUAUACCUGACAAGGCGCUUGAAUGAUAAAAUGCUAAAAUUUAGCCUUUUUUUACCCAACGAAAUGAACUUUAAAAGGUCUAAUUCAUCUUUUUUCACUUGAUUUAUGUACUAUUAUGAAUGAAAAAUGUAAUUAUCGGCGGAAAAAACAACAAUAUUUGUCUAUUUAGUGAUCAUGGUUUCUGCAAGCGUCUAGAGGUAUUGCUCCAGUCCUGUAAUGAGUUAAAUCCCUAUUGUACAUAAUUGUAUGAGAUUUUUGAAACAGUUUUAGGCCUAUACCAAGUAUUAGAUUACAAUGAAUCGAUUCAUACAUGAACCUGGGUUAACACAAGCUGUUAAGGGUUAUAUAUGGUGGCUGAUUUGGAACCCUUUAGUGAGUCGUGCUAGCGACAACAGGACAAAGCACUAAACGGCGCAUUGUUGGACUUUUGUCUUGUUGUCCUGUCCCUUACGAUGUACCACAAACGGCGUUUUCGUGCGGCGUGAUGUCACAUUGUCGCUCGGUUCAAAUCAAAGGAUUGGCUUAUAAUAAGCUAAGUGACAAACGCCACAUGACAACGUUUGGCGCUGUGUUGUGUUGACACUAGCGACAAGACGAAAGGGGAUUACAAUAUAUCUAUCGACAAUGCAAUGUACCAAAUCAACCACCAUACUUAUAAGUUACAGUACACUAGUCUAAGGAUGAAUUUUCAUUUUAACCAGAAUUAUAAUUUGUUGAAGAUGUUUUGUAUUUCCAUUUUUGGAACUGUUAGUCAUUGGUUUGGAGAUAUUGAGAUGAAAUUCAGUUAGUGCAGUCAGUGGACCAACAGUUUACUAACCAGGUCAGACUGUAUGGAUGUGCAGGCUGGCCUUAUGCUAUACUGGUGGCGAAAGUGUCACUUUAUGUUCAAAUAGUCUAAGGUGUUGAUAUUUUUUGCCAUAUUUUAAAUAGUGUUUAUUUUGUUGAUUUAUGAUGAAGGAAAAUCAAACAAGAACUUUUCUUAUAUGUGCAAAUUGAUAAAUUGAUUAAAGGUAGUCUUUUUAAUGCUUACCUAGUUGUAUUAGAGUCUGGUCAAAUCGCAGAAUUUAAAGCUUACUUAGUUGUAUAAGAAUCUGGUAAGAGUUUGUACAGAUUUUCAGGCUGACCUGAUUGUAUUAUAGCCUAGUCAUCUUGUACAAACUUUCAGGUUGGACUAGUUUUAUUAUAACAUGGACAGAUUGUACAAAUUUGCCUGAUUUUAUUAUUGAUGGCAGAGAUGUUUCAUUAAUUUACUGCAAACAUUUUAACUGUUUACACAAAAUAUUUGUCAAGCAGAAAAAAUAAUGUGUCAUCACAAGUAGUUGUCAAUAAGUAAUAUUUAAGAUGGCUUUUGUCAACAAGUAGUAUUUAAGAUGAUUUUGAUGCUUUGGGGUAAAAAUUCUUACAAAUGUUUAAGUGAUAAUUAAUAUAUGAAAGAGGAUACUGAAGUGUGACACUUUAAUUUACAUCUGUCAUGUAUUAUAAAUUAUUCUUGAUUUCAUCUAUCCUGUAUUAAACAGGAUGUUCAUUUCCUCUUAUCUUCUAACAUGAUAUAUUGAAGUUAACAGCUGGUUUCAUUUUUUUUACAUCAUUUAUAUUUAACUCAUUUCCGGAGAUUGUGAUAAAGUUCUAUGAAUAUACAUCGAAUACAGGAAGUACAGUAUAACCUUCACAUAGUAACAUCCUGUUGUGAGUAAAAGAUUUAUGUUAUUCCCGAAUAAAGUGUUGCUAUAGUGAGGGUAAAUCUAGAGUCUAUUAGUAUUGGGGAAGAUUUAUAAAUUAUGUUAUGGUUGUUAAGGAGAGGUUAUUACUCUCACAGGGGGUCGCUCUUACAGGUGGUCACUCUAACAGGGGGUCACUUUACAGAGGUUUCACUGUAAUAUACAACGAAAUGUGUUUUAAGAGAUUAAUCAUUUAAGCUCACAAGUAAAAGCAAAUUGUGGUUAUUUACUGCCUGUCUGUCCACUCAAUAAAAAGAUUUAUUCUCCUUUUAAAUCACAUCACAUAUACCAUGCAAUCAAUUUGUGAUUUGUUAAGACCAAACUUAAUCAAACAAGCAAUGAGAAAAAUUAAUUUCAGUGCCUGAACAUUCAAACUUUAAUUCAUGUAAGAUGCUGUGUGAAAACAUGUUUUCAAACGGUGGAAGAAAGCAAUAAUUUUUGUGCGAUUAAAUAUUUGCGUAUAAUUUCAAUUCGCAUAAAAUUAAGAUAACUUAGAGAUUUUGAAUAACUCUGGUUUCCAAAACAACAGUAAAUAAUUUUUUUUUUUUUGAAAGAUAGUUUUCAAAUAAGUCUGGAGAAAUGACCCUUUUUGUGAGAACAAUUUUCAGACAUGCAUGUUGUUAAAGUUGGGGUUUAUUAUUGUUUAUUAUUAUGUAUAAGAGGUUUUAAUUGCUCAACAACAUUUUUCAUAAAUUUUGAUGAAUCAUCAAAUAUUGAAUGUUAGAUAUAAUGUUCAUUUUAUUAUGCAAGAAAGCUUGCUUAUUUUUAUUGUAUACAGUCUUGUGUUAUAUAAUAUAAUGAUAAAUCAUGUAUAAAAUUUGAGCCGCGUCACACCAAAACCAACAUAAUGGGUUUGCGGCCAGCAUGGAUCCAGACCAGCCUACGCAUCCGCGCAGUCUGAUCAGGAUCCAUGCUGUUUGCUAUCAGUUUCACUACUUGUUAUAGGGUUUGUAAGUGAACAGCAUGGAUCCUGAUCAGACUGCGCGGAUGCGCAGGCUUGUUUGGAUCCAUGCUGGUUGCAAACCCAUUAUGUUUGUUUUGUCAUGGCGCGGCUCAAAUGUUGUUGUUGUUUUAAACAUGUGUAUAUUUCAAAAUUUACUUAUUUUUUAACCAUUACUAUUUCAUGCUUUCUUACUUUUUACGUGGUUUAAAAGGUUCAUAUUUUAACAUUUUUUAUGCACUUUAUAGCUAAAUAAUUACAAAACUUUUGAAAUUGUGUUUGUGCAUGUAUGCUUGUAUACACAUGUUAAAAUUUUAUGCAUUUUAAAAUAGACAAAAUAUUUGUUUACUAAAAGUCUGAGGCUUGUUAUAAUGCUUUGUUGCAGUUUUUUUUUUAACAUUUUGAUAUGUAGUCUGCUUAUUUAUGUAGUUUAAAACCUAAACUUAAAAUGAUAAAUCUUAAUUUAUUUUGCUGUUUCAGUCGAAACAUUUUAUAAAAGUAGGGGACAAUACUCUUUUGAAAAUUCAUAUGAUUUUCUACAAAUUUUAUAUUUUGAAAAUGUCUUAACAUGCUUGGCUGAUAUGAUUGUAAUAGUAAUUACAUGUAAAAUACCUAUAAUAAAUGAGGGGUUUUGAUUGGUAAAAAGGCCAAAAAUGUUCCAUGUUUCCAUAGUCACCCUACAUACCCACAUUUUAAACUGCCAGCCCUGGUCAUUUAUUAUUUUCUCUCUUAAAUUUUCUUCUCACUUUUUAAUCUUUUAUUUGCUGAGUUUUUUUAAAUGGAACUGUCCACCUUUUAUUUUGGACCUAUCCAUUAACAAUUUUAGGGAAAUCAGGAAAUUUAAACAUUGGGUCAGCCAACAGUAUAAAGCCUGGUCAGACUUACACAAAUGGCUGAUCAUGAUCCACAUUGUGUUGACCAAAAAUGAUGCUGGUCAAGAUUUGGAAGCUCAUUACACAUAUCUAUCAUGUUAUAGGUAACAAUAAUAAUCAAAUAAAUUGGAUGUGCAAUAUUAUAAAUUUGUAAUAGAAUCUUAUGACAGGUUAUUUUAUCAUGUCAAAAUACUCAUACAUGUAGUUGUUUUGGUAUAUUAAACUUUCAUUUUAGCAUCUUUGGUUAUGAUCAG